AUGAGGUUAAAGUCACUGCAUACAACAGCAACAAAUCAAAGACUUAGACCACUCUAUGCUGGCAACAUGUUUGUGCUUUCACUAUUUUUGUGUUGUUUGCUAAGCUCGGAGGUUUGGUCGUUUGCCAACAUUAAGCAACGACACAGGUUGGUAAGACAACUCAAUGCGGCCGAGGCAGUUAAUUACGACAAGGACAGUUCAAUGACAAACUUAUAUCAUCAACCACAUUUCACUGAGAAUCGUGCUGUUAUAGUGCAAUUAUUUGAAUGGAAAUUUUUAGAUAUAGCAGAAGAGUGUCGCAACUUUUUAGGACCACAAGGCUAUGCAGGAGUGCAAAUAUCCCCCGUUUUAGAGCACACAGUAAUCGAAACCUCCACCGUAAAACAUCCUUGGUGGGAACGUUAUGAAGUGAUCUCUUAUCGUUUGGCUUCACGCUCUGGUGAUGAGUCAGACUUUUGGUCUAUGAGCCGCAUUUGCAAUGAACAUGGUGUGCGCAUUUAUGUUGAUGUUGUACUCAAUCACAUGGCUGCUCCACUAAACUUUCUAUUUGACAUCAAAGAGCAGGACAAUAAAGAUUUCAUUGUCAACACUUUGCUCGAAACGAAUGUCAACAUAUCACAGUUAAAUUACUCUAAUGUCUCGUAUACACAAGUGGACUUUCACCGCACGUUGUGCGCCGUAUUGUCCCAUACACAGGAUGCUCAUGAAAUACGUAAUUGUCAGCUGAAUGGACAUCCUGAUUUGGAUCAUUCACGUGCUGGUGUACAAAAGCAUAUUGUUGAGUUGUUAAAUAAAUUUAUUGAUAUGGGUGUUGCCGGUUUUCGUAUCGAUACGGCCAAAUAUAUGUGGCCAAUUGAUUUAAAGAAUAUUUUGAAACAAGUGAAAAAUUUGAGUACGGAAUUUAAGUUUAAGAAAAAUUCCCGACCUUUUGUGUAUCAUGAUGUUUUUGAUUUGGGAUUGGAUACGGUGUCUAAAACCGAAUACUCUACCUAUGGUGUGGUCUCAGAAUACUUAUAUCCCGCCGAAUUGGCAACCAUUAUCCAAAGAAAAGUUCCCUUAAGCUCUCUCAUCAAUUGGGGUCCCGCAUUAGGAUUCCUGGCCCAUGAAGAUGCGUUAGUUUUCAUAGAUUCCCAUGAUACACAAAGAGGUCUACCCCAGCAAUUGGGCAACAAUCAACUUUUGACUUAUAAACAGCGUCCUAAAUACAUAAUGGCCAAUGUUUUCAUGUUGAUACAUCCCUAUGGAGCCAUAAAAAGGAUUAUGAGUUCUUACUAUUUUGCAGACAAAGACAUUAAUCAAGGACCUCCCACAGAAGAUGAAGAAGGUGAACAGAUAAGUUCACCCCAGUUUAAUGAGCAGCAGCAAUGUACCAAAGAGUCGGGAUGGGUUUGUGAACAUCGAUGGCCUGUUUUGGUGAAUAUGCUUAAAGUGGCCAACUAUUUUAGUGUGCCGGGACAGGAAGAGCCCAGUAUAAUAUAUUUUCAAACUAAUGGAGCUAAUCAAGUGGCUUUCUGUCGUGGCUAUAAGGCAUUUGUGGCCAUUAAUAACGAACCGGAAAUAGAGUUUGAAAAAGAAGUAUAUGCCUGUUUGGAACCAGGCACCUAUUGUGACAUGGUAACGGGUGGCAAGAAGGAGGGAGAAGAGAAAUGUCAUGGAAAAAUGGUGGUAAUAAAUGAACAAGGUUAUACUAAACUGAAAUUGGCUGUAGCAGAUGUGGAAAGUGGUGAUAAUAAGGAGGAAAAUGUGGAAGGUGAGGAAGAGUCAGGCAGAAUUGAAAGUUAUGGUAUCCUGGUGAUUUAUGUGGAAUCGAAAAUUCUGCCAAAUGAGGCAGUUGAUGCUAGUAAUGAAGGAGAAGAGAUUAAUGAUACUGAAGAGAGUGAAGCUGAAGUUAAAGAAGUUGGAGAAGAUGAACCGCUUGAGGAAAAUAUUGAACAGCCAAAUGAGGAUGAAGAGAACAAUACCGGUGCUGAACAGCCUGAAGAAGCAGAUGUUUCAUCUAAGGAAGAAAGCGAAACUGGCGAAAAUCAAGGGGAAGAAAACGCGGAAGAGGAUGCAAAAGAAGAAGAGGAAGUGGCUGCCGAAGAAGAGGCGGGUGCUGCUGAUGAGAAUACUGAAGGUGAGACAGCAGACCCCGAAACAGCUAAGGAAGAUGGUGAAGCUGACGAAAAUCAACCGGAAGAAAAUGAAGAAGAGGAAGAUGUUAACGAAGAAGGAGCAGAAGGUACUGCUGAUGAUAACACAGAAGGCGAGGCUGAUGAUGGCGAUACAUCUAAGGAAGAGGAUGAAACAGAUGAGAAUAAUCCAGAAGAUGAAGAAGAGGAUGCAAAAGCAGGAGUUCCUGAUGAAGAAGAGGCAGGAGAUGAUGCAGAUAACACUGAAGGGGAAGCUGAUGACCCUGAAUCGCCUAAGGAAGAAGGUGAAGCUGAAGAGAAUCAUCCGGAAGAAAUUGUAGAUGAUGCAGAAGCAGAAGUUCCUGAUGCAGAAGAGGCUGUAAGUGAAAACACCGAUCAAGAAGACGGCGAAAAUGACGAGGAUAAAGGUCAAGAGGAACUAGAAGAGACUAAGGCGGAACUGUCAAUAGAACCUGAAGAGGAAGUUGAAGAAAAAGCUUCCGAUGACAAUGAUGGAGACGAAGAAAAUAAUUCAAAUAACGAGGAAGGUGGAGAGGAAUCCCCAAAAAGUGAAGAGGAAGAUGUAGUUGAGGAUCCAGCACAAGAAGAGGAAGGAGAUGUUGAUACAGAGGCAGAUAAUAAACCAGAGGAAGAAAUACCUCCCAAUGAUCAGCCACCAGAAGAACAAGAUGAAGCAGAAGACACAGAAAAAGAUAACUCCCUUGAAAUAAUAACAAACGAAGCAUCUAUUGAACAACAAGAUGAGCUAGAAACCGCUGAAUCUAGAAAUUUAGAUGAUAAAACUGCCGAAGCCGAAGAACAAAUGGAAAAACCUAUAACCGAAAUAGUCGAUGAGAACUCUGAUGCCUCGGAUGCUGUCACAGCAAAAAUUCAAGAAGUCCAAGCAGCUGGUAUUUUUGUAAAACCCAAAGGGGAUGGUAACAAUGGAUAGCAAAGAAUUCAAGCACGAUGUUAUACAAUAAUAUUGUGCUAUCUAAUCUUAAGUACAAUGUAUGUAAUUGAUUUUGAUUUUAACAAUAUUCUUUAAAUUCCCUCCCACAUACAGAGAAAUACACAAAUCUAAACACUGAAGUAUAAACGUAUAGUAGGGUGGCAGCAAUUUGGAAAAAUCUGAAAAUAUCUCUUGGUGAAAAUUAAAUAAAAUACCAAUUUAGGUUUCCAACAAAACGGUGCCACCCUAUUGUUUAAUAGUACAUUUAGUAAUACAUUUGUUCACACACUAUCUUAAAGAAGAAAAAAAAUAUUCUUAAACGAUCUUAAGCGUUUUUUGCACAAGAAUAUCUGAAGCAUAAACUUACUCACCAACAAUGUAUUCAUAAGAUGCUUUGGGUCUAUGAAACAUAUACACACGCGCUUACCAACACAUUUGUAGAGCAAAAAUUAAAAAAAAAAACUAGAAAGUAAGAAAAAAAAUAUUUCUGGACAUUUUAACAAUAAAUGCUUACAAUGUUUUGUAAA